UGUUCCACUUAGAGACAAAAUUUCAACUCCUAUAGAAACUAUAGACUGUUUUCUAUCCAAUAAUAAUAAUAAUAUGCAUAUUGUACGAUCAAGGAUUUUGUGGGAAGCCGUUUCAAAAAUUAGCCAAAUUAGCAUAAAUAGUCUAAACAGCGCCCCCAUCCCCAACAGGUUAACUUCCAGUGGCCAAAGCCUCCAGAAGAGCUGUGUGAGUGUACCUAUACCCUCAUUAGACACCAUACAUUUUAAAGGGGAAAUUAACAUAAAUGAAAGUAUUAUUUAUUGAUAAUUGAUUCUUCUUCAGGCUGAAAGGAUGUCACCACAGAGAAAUGCUGUGGAGCAUUGGCCUUAGCACUCAGCUCCAACUCAUCAGUCCUGAAAAAGCUGGACCUGAGUGACAAUGACCUGCAGGAUUCAGGAGUGAAGCUGUUCUCUACUGGACUGGAGAGUCCACACUGUAGACUGGAGACACUGAAGUCAGGAUGUGACGUAUAAGAUAUUCCAAAAUUACAAUUUAAAAUUUGUUAUUGGUGUCCACCAUGGUUUCGGAGUGUUAAAAUGUCUCUCUGCUAUAAUAUAAUGUGACUCGGUGUUUGAAAUGAAUAAGAAAAAGGUACCCAUUUCUGAAAGUGAAAUUCCUCUUUCUGCAGGUUGUCAUUCUGUGGAGUCACAGAGGAAGGCUGUGCUUCUCUGGCUUCAGCUCUGAAGUCAAACCCCUCACACCUGAGAGAGCUGGACUUGAGCUAUAAUCACCCAGGGGAAUCAGGAGCGGAACUGCUCUCUAGUGGACUGGAGGAUCCACAAACUAAACUGGAGACACUCAGGUGGAAAUACAGAUUCAAACAAAUCGUGUGGUUUACUGCAUUUCUCACACUUAAAUGACUGCGUUCUUCUACUUUCCUCCAGUGUGGACCAUGAUGCAGAGUGCUGGUUAAAAUCUGUCCUGAAGAAAUGUAAGUCUUGAUGGCACUCCUGAAGGCUGCUUAUCUAAUAACCUUAACAUUUGAAUGAAAAAUCAACUGUCUUCUCAUACUAUAGUUGUUGCUUUGCAAACCAUUUUGUCCUCCAUCAGAUGCCUGUCAGGUCACUCUUACACAGCACACAAACACCUCUCUCUGUCUGAGGGAAACAAGAAGGUGACAUGGAUGGAAGAGGAGCAGCCAUAUCCUCAUCACCCAGCAAGAUUUGAUCACUGGUCACAGGUGCUGUGUAGAGAGGGCCUGUCUGGGCGCUGCUACUGGGACGUAGAGUGGAGUGGGCCUGAGACUCAUGUAGGUUUGACCUAUGGAAGAAUCAGCAGGAAAGGAGAGGGUUAUGAUUGUGGGCUAAGAUACAAUGACAAGUCCUGGAGUCUGCGCUGCUCUGAUAACACUUUUGUUACCUAUCAUAAUACUAGCAACACUGCCAUACCUGCUCCCUCCUCCGGCUCCCACAGAGUAGGAGUGUAUCUGGACUGGCCAGCCGGCACAUUGUCCUUCUACAGCGUCUCUUCUGACACCCUGACCCACAUUCACACGUUCCAAAACACAUUCACUGAGCCCCUCUUCCCAGGGUUUAGACUUUGGAAUCAUGACACCUCAGUUGCCCUUGGCACUAGUCACAUAGGCUGUUUUAUACCAGAGAUGUUGUUUAAUGCCUUAAAUUGCUAUUUAAGCUUAAACUUAUGA